AUCGCUUAGGUGGUUUUCGUGUGCAUAAUUAUUUCGGAAAUCUUUAUUAAAACAUUAAAUAACUGCAACUUACAAACUUUUCUGUGUGCUGAAUGUGAGUGCGACCCAUGCUUUUGAGAUUUAAAAUAUUUUUAGUGCUCGACACUCGUACAGCAAUAACGUAGCAGCAUAUUGUAGAGAAAAAUUUCAUGGAGUACAGUACAGAUCAAUAUAGUGUACAACUGGUGUGAGCAGGUGUCGCGCACGCAGAGUAAUUUAUCUGUAAGAUAAAUUAUAACAGAUAUACGGUAGAUAACUGGAAACAGUAAAUUAAUUUUACCCUCUGGGCUGUGGUCAACGAGCGGUCCUUUAAAUUGUUUAUUAUCAGCAGUUGUCUCAUUUUGACUUCAUUCGCUAGUAAUUUAUAACCGAGGCCACUAUAUUAUUGCUGAAGCGAAAUAGUGAAUUCUCCAGGAUGAUGUUGUGUCUUCGACAAUUUUUGACUCUCGUUCUACUUAUAAUAUGCACUCUGCACUUGGAUAGUAUACAGGCUCGCCGAGCUGCAGCGCAUUCCUCAACCUCCGACGCCAGUUCAGACGAUGAAUAUACCUACAGUUCGCGAUGGAUGACCACAACGCACCGUCCCCGGCAAACUACCCGUUACCACGCAUCAUCCAGUAGAUACGGGUCAUCGCGAUCAGUCUCAGACACUGGCUAUUCUUCCCGUUAUGGUUCUGGAUCCAGUUACGAUUCCGACCACUAUCGAACGAGCAGCCGUACCGCAUCCACCGGAAAUGCCCGGCACAGCUCUGACUCCUAUUACUCAUCAGGCAGUGGCAGCCGCACUACAACCGCACCGCGAUGGAAAACCACCAGCAGUCGUUAUAGCAGCAGCUCCGGAGAUUAUUUCGGAUACACAGGACGACCUAGCUCUUAUCGACGAACGGAGAGCACUGACGGGUACUACAGCAGUCGCACGGGAUCGGGAUUAAGUUCAUCGCGUUCAUAUACUGGUGGUGCAAGUGAUUAUGCCAGCGGGACAAGCCGCUACUUGGACGGUUAUCGCACACGCGAAACGUCCCGGUUAAGUCGUAUAUCCCCUGGUGGAAACGAUUACAGUUAUAACUCGGCAAGCUGGCGAUCCGAAACCUAUUCUGCAACAACAAAAAAACCAUCAAGCUUGGGAAAGGUCAUGAGCUCUAUUACAGGAAUGCUGGGAUCCUCGUCAUCGCAUUCUGGUGGCCAUAAGACCGGCUCCUCGUCAUCCGGUGCCCUUUCCUCUAUCACAUCUCUGCUGGGUGGUGGUUCCAGCAAAAGCGGAUUGUCGGGCGGCUCGGGCAGUUCAUCCUCCGGUAUGAGCAAAUACCUGAUGCCAGCAUUAACAUUCGGUGGAAAGCACUUGGCCAAGAUGGUCGCCAAAAAAUUCGGUUCCGGUGGAUCCAAGAGUGGCGGCCAUUCCACUGGAGCGUUGGCCGCAUCCGGUGCCGGUAUCGGUAGCGUUGCUGGUCUGUUAGGAUUCGGCCGUGGCAGCUCACAUUCACGUCAGUCCGGCGGUUAUGUGGCGCCGAUUGGUCCAAUCCCGGAUACAAGCGGUUACGCGGAUCCGCAUGCGCGAGUACAGCCACCAAAUCGCGCGGUUCCUAUUGGUCAACCGAUUACGACGACCGAGUCCGUCCCGAUUAUGACACCGGCCAUGAACGAUCGAAAAGUGGUUCCAUUCAUGUCUUUCACCAGUACAACACAUGCACCAGAAUCACAGCAGGAAAAUCACAACAUUGACCCGUGUUUACUGGUGCAGUGGAAUUACGAGUUUAAGUUUACCGAAUUACCCAAUUUGCUCGUGGGAUUGAUUGCGAAUGACAGCGCUUCUGGAGAAAGUGUCCAGGACAAAUUUAAUUUUCUUCAAGUUUUCGUGGCGAUGAUAGCGGAAAUGUCGGAGACUGUGGACAUCGACCAUUCGGAAGCGGUUUUCCGUAUUCCAGAAGGCUAUUCGUCGGAAAGGUGCCGGCCGAACGGAGAACGCGUUGCCAGAUCGACCGCGGAUGGUUCUUUAGCGACACGAUGCGACAUUGCUCGUCGCAUGCGCAUGACGCUUCCGGAAUGCCAUAUCGAGGAGAAUCCAACCGAACGUCCACUAGAAUGGACGUUUACCACCAGACCUGUGCACACCGCAAUAGAAGGCCUGCAUUCAGUUUACCUCAACCCCAACCGCAGCACCAACGAUUUCAAAGAACUGGUUCGGUCGGUGAAGAAUUGUUAUGCACAUACCGGAAGGCCCAGAUACGAGCAGCAACAUUCGUGCCUGGACUUUCACAUUAAUCCGGAAACGAUAUUAUCAAAUUUGCCUCCAGACCACCAUAAUUCCCUAUUUGGAAAUAAAGACGUGUGUCGUCAAUUCCUGAACUUUGAUUUGCUUUCUUGUGCAAACCCAAAUCCAGUGGAGGGUGAUGACGCAGAUUGUUCCAUUGAUGACCUCUUAGUGAUCAACGCAUUUUCAAGGAAUAUUUAUUUGUGUUCCCAUGAAAUUGAGCCAGAAAUGAUCGAAGCCAUACAGAGACGAUUUCCACCGAGUGACGAACAGUGAUCCCAGAAAACCUCAAACUGAAAAAGAGAAUUGCGAGUACUUUUCUGAGAAAGAAACGUUUUAAAUCUUGAUUACAUUACAAAUAACAAUUAGGCUGUAUAAUGUAUAUACAGGGCAUAAACUAUUCGUUAAAGGUACGUAGCCGAUCAAGUUGUACGUUCGCACAAAUACAUAACUGCUUCACAUUUGAUCGCGUUCACAAUACGUACGUACGAGUACUGAAUUGAAUUUCACACAUCCUGACCUGUCCUCAGUGUCCUGCAUCACUUAUAUCUUGUU